AUGCUACCCAUAGAGAAACUACAUAAUUUCACCCACCUACACUUCUAUUUCCAUGACACCCUAGAUGGUGAAAAACAAACUACACUCAAAAUUAUCAACCCACCUAAUGAAUCAUCUCAUGGUGAUUUUGGAUCCACCUUUAUUAUAGACAACCCUUUGACUGAAGAACAAGAUAUAAAUUCAAAACUUAUUGGAAGAGCUCAAGGAACCUAUGCUUUGGCUUCUAAACAAGGUGAUUUAGCUUUGAAAAUGGAUGUUAAUUUUGUUUUUAUAGAAGGUAGCUACAAAGGGAGCACACUUAGUUUGCUUGGAAGGAAUGUUAUUGUGGAUGAAGUUAGAGAAAUGGCUAUUGUUGGAGGAACCGGUGCCUUUAGGUUUGCAAAAGGGUAUGCUUUGGCAAAGACUGUUUUGUAUGAUCCUGCUUCUCAAAAUGCUAUUGAGGAAUUUGAUGUUAGCAUUUACCAUUUAUAA